CACUGGGCGAUCAUUACCCAGCCUAGCAUAGCUGAGAGCAGUCAGCCAGUCGUGUCUCUAUCGAGGCCGGAUGGUAAAAUCCAACCUCCAGCGGAUCCUAAACAGUCAUUGUUUUGCUCGCGAGAAAGAAGGAAAACUGCAGCCCUUUACUACCAUGGCGAAUUUAAAUAGCGGUAUCUGUGACAUGAUUGGGAACUUGUCCCUGCACUGUAGUAGUACCCGCAGCCCGGGGCCUCUGUGGUGCUCCGAUGCCCCUCUCCCACCCCUGAAGAUCCCAGGUGGGCGAGGGAAAGGCACACGGGAUCAUGCGCCUUCACCUCGGCCGCUCUACUCAGACCGAAAAUUGACAGUAACAGAAGAGCCUGCAGGGAAUGGGUGCCCGAGGAUUCUCCACUUCCAAAGCCGUCCCACAGCUACAAAGACAAUACAGUGGGAUGCUGUCCUAAGCAGCAGUGCACUAUAUGUGGAGGUACCUCUUGACCCUCUUCCAGAAGGCAGCAAGGAGAGUUUUGCGGCUCUUCUGGAGUAUGCUGAAGAACAUCUGAAAGUUGUUAGUGUGUUUGUCUGCUUUUACAAGAACAGAGAUGAUCGUGCUAAACUGGUGCGUACCUUCAGUUUUCUGGGCUUUGAGAUCGUGAAACCGGGCCAUGCCCUCGUCCCUCCUCGACCUGACGUUUUCUUCAUGGCCUAUAAUUUCGACAGGGACUCCUCAGACGACGAGUAGCCCUCCUGACAUCAUCUCCACCCCGUAGUUUUCGUGCUCCCAUUAUCUUACAGUUGCGGCUUUAUUUACAUACAUAGCUGUUUUGUGUUGAAUCCUGAGCUGUAGCUUUCUGUAUAAAAGUACUCACUUCUCCAUGAUUUGUGAUCAAGGAAAUAUAUAAGCUGUGUAUCUUUGGUUUCCAGCAUUUAUAUAUGUAUGUUUAUAUUAAUCUGGUCAUAAAAACAGGGAUUUGUUCUGAUAAAAUCCUUAGCAGUUUUCAUAGCUACUCAAUUCAGUUUUAACUAGUUAAAUUUUAUUUCACGACAAACUUGAGUUGGAGGAUUUUUUGUUGUUUUCAUUUCUUGAAUGUACAAUGAAAAGGUCAUCAGGUUUACACUCGGGUACUCCAGUUUUCUUGUUAGAUUGGCUAAAUUGUGUUAUUUAAAUGUCCUAAAUACUCUCUUGACUGAAUUACUAAUCAACGGGACCAGCUUUCUUUUGUCACAGUAAUACCCUUUGUAUUGAUUAAUCAUCCCCAAUUAUUGGUACUUUCUAGCUGGAUAAUGAAACACUUUAUUCUAGAUGUGGAUUAAAACAGGUGAAAGCCAAUGCAUGUGUAUGAAAGUGAUUUGGUAUAAAAUUGAAGGUCUAAUGAGUGAUGGUACUUUGUGAAACAAAAGUGAAUAAUCCAUAUAGCUUUUGUUUUUUUUUCAUGCCAUGUGUAUCGAACAAUAUUGUAGAACUUUGUUUUGAAGGUUGGAAAUAAAAUGCUGUGACUGGAUUGGGUUCUGUCCUGGCAUUAGCAUUUCUUUUAACUCUUCUGUUCAUGAUGUUAUUGAAUAUCUCUUGCAUAGUGGUACCUGUUGUGCUUCUGUGAUUAAUAAAACAAAGAAAACCA